UUUCGGUACCCAACCCUAUGUGUCCCCCUCUAAUCCACCUUCCCCUCUUCUCUCUCUCUCUCUCUCUCCGUCCAGACUCUCGGACCGCGGCAGCCAGCGCUGACACACCGUUUGGAAGAACACACGUUACCAGUUUGGAGAUGCUGUCCAGAGAAGGGGAGGGUCUGCCGCUGAUCGGCCGGGCCAGUCUGGACGUCUUCUCCCCCGUCAGAGACGACUCUCAUUCAGGCGCCACCGUGCACCGUAAGACCCCUCUGGGAACGCCGCUGACGGCCGCCGGGCGCUGCUACAGCCCGCUGUCCGUCUUCCAGACCCCUCCCCCAAUCAGAGAGGAGGAGCCAAUCCCCCCCGCUGCCACUGCCAAACCAAACGACUACAGGAAGGCCAGCAGCUCCAGUCUGGAGGGGGAGGCUCAGACUCCGCCCACAGCCUCCCAGACGACCAAUCACAUUCAGCCGGCUCCGCCCUUCUUCACCCCGGAGCUGAGCCUCAGGAGAGCCAAUGGGAUUCAAGCUCAGCUGAGCUACGAGUCACCUUUCCAGGCGGCUCCGCCCACCUCCACCACAGGUCCAGCUCUGUCUGCGUCCGUCUCCUCCUCUCUCUCCCAGAACAUCGCCGAGGUCGUGGGCCAGGCCGGCGCCGCUCCGCUCACCUCGCUGCAGAUCCACUUCAUCCAGAACAUGAUCCACGAGACUCUGGAGGAGUUCAGGGACGCCUGCCACCGAGACAUCGUCAACCUGCAGGUCGAGAUGGUCCGGCAGUUUUACAUCCAGCUGAACGAGAUCCACGGUCUGAUCGAGAAGUACUCGGUGAACGAGUCUCUGGUGGAGGAGGUGGAGAAGCUGCGGGAGGAGAACCGGCGCCUGAAGACCAACUACUGACCAAUCGGCUCCCGGCGCCGUCUCGCCAUCCUCACAGAGCGUUACGGGCCGGGCCGGGGGGGGGCGGAGCCUGCAAGAUCGCCGCGAAGAAGAAGAAGAAGAGUCUGAACCUGAGGGAGAGGGAGUCUGGUCAGAAUAACGUGAACGGCUGCUCUGAUGUGUGUGUGUGUUUUCGUAGGACAGACGCUAUUGGUUUACACUUUCAGACGAACAUCUGGUCACAUGAUCUGCAGCUGUGGGGCCUGAGAUCAUGUUUUUAUUAAUGAGAUUUUGUGUAAAGAAUAAAAAAAGAUUCAUAUUGAAAAUUAAA